CAGCCAUGGCAUGCCUACUGCUCAUGAGACUAUAUCUCGCGUAUGUCUCGUAUGCCUUGCUCGCCGACGCACAAGAUUCCGUCGGGCAGCCGUCCGCCACAGAGAUCGUCUGGGUGACCGACGUGGUCACACCGUCUAUCCUCGACGCGUCGGCGACAGUCGCGACAGGCUCCGCCGUCCUCGAGGCCGUCGCUUCUGUUACGUCCCUCCUCCUGGCGCCCCCAGACUUUCCCCUGCCGUCUCCUCUUUCGGCUAGUCCUACCCCGUCGACGGAGCCUCUUGUUAUACCGAUAACAAUACCGAACCCGACGACAGUCACGGACAUCGCGACAGAUACACUGACAGCGACAUUGACAGAACCUCCUGUCACCGUGACCGCGCCUGCGGCGCCCGUAACUGUGACCGACGUGGUGACCAUCUCGCCGAUGCCCCCGCCCGCCGCCUUCCAGACGGCGUGGACCGCGCCCGCGCAAAUGACGAACCUAACUGCGUUCAACAUCACCUACUUCCCCUCGGGACAGAAGAACCUGCAAAUCCUGCCCGGUGUCCCGGUGGACCCUAGCUUCUCUACGCCCGUCUUCCUGGCAGACGCUGCAUCGGGAAAUGGCUCCGCUCCCUCCUCGGACGAGCCGCAAAGCCAGCCCGGGACCGCGGUGAUGCAGCUGUUCUACCCACAGGACUCGAUCGAUCCUGGCAAUCCGGACACGCCAGAGGGCGGCGCGGACUUCUACGCGACGCCGCUGGAUCUCGCGGGGUCGCGGGGCGUCGCCCUGGAGUACAACGUGUUCUUUCCGAUUGACUUUGAUUGGGUCCAGGGUGGGAAACUCCCGGGUAUCUAUGGUGGCAAGGUAGGCUGCUCGGGAGGCGACGCUGCUGUGACUUGCUUUAGCACUCGGCUCAUGUGGCGAGCAGGCGGCGCGGGCGAAUUAUAUCUGUACGCACCGAAGGACAAGCAAACGAAGGCUCUCUGUUCGACUCCGCCACAAUCCGUUUGCGAUGCUGCGUAUGGUCUCUCGGUCGGCCGAGGCUCGUUCUAUUUUGCUGCUGGCAAUUGGACUCGGGUCCGGCAGACGGUGAUUUUGAAUACGCCCGGUGAACAGGACGGCGGGUUCCUCCUUGAGGUCAACGGCAAGCCGGUCAUUGAUCGGUCUGAUGUAUUCUAUCGCGACGCUGUUGCGGCCGCCAAAACUGGUGGAUCUGGAACCAACAAUGGCGAUGGUGGCUCUUCGGGAUCAAACUCUGGUGGUCUCCUCGGUGGGCUACUCGGUGGCCCCCUACGUAUCGCCUUGUGGCCCGAGAGCAACUUCCUGGUGUCACGCGACGACUAUGACAAUGUGGUCCCGGAUUGGCUCUCUUCAACUGCGAUUCUCGUUCAAGGACAUACGAUACCCGCGGCUGACCCGACUACACCUGUCGAGCUGCUGCCGACCUUACUGCCGAAUACGACGACGGUUCAAAGUACAUCCACGACCACAAGCCUCAGCAAAACGGAGCCUGCUCCCUUGGUGCAGUUCAUCACCGCAUUCGAGACGAGUACAGCUGUUGCCUACCCCACCGCGGUUACAACUAAGGGGGAAAGUCUAUUUGGGGUCGCGGAGGUGCAACAGACCGAGCCAGUCGGUUUCACAGGGUUGUUCUUUAGGUGAGCAUAACUCCAUCGGGUUGUGCAGGUCCCAGGAUACUGAUGGCUGUGUAGCACUUUCUUUGGGGGCCAUGAACAGGAGUACGCUAGUCCGAAGGACCAGUAUGCUUGGUUUAGCAACUUCUCAAUGUCCAUCGUUGCUUAAGACAUUCGGUGUGUUGCCGGGAGGCCCACACUUUUGUGAGUCGUGCCACGACUUGGCAAGACCCCGGAAGAGCUUGAGGCGGUCAAUGUUAUUGCCCGCAUCUGCUUGCAGGCUCGAUCUGCUCUUGAGUUGCGAUCUCCCA